AACAGAGUUGUAACAGUUUCCGAUCCACAGCCCGAAGUUGGAUGAAAGAAUAUUAUAAUGGGGGAAGAAGCAAUGAAUUUUGACUCAUAUGAGGAAUUCAAGGAAUAUCUAGAUGAUUACGAGAAGAAGACGAUGAAUCAUUUUAUCACAGUAAAGAAAGAGAAGAAAUUUUCGGAAUCGUGUUAUAAGGGCAAGUGUCUUCACUGGAGGGAAUUCCCAGAGCUGGAUUGCUGCAUCCCAUUUGUCAAUAUCGGGCAGCUGCUGCUAGGGUGCCAUCAAGGUAGAGAUAAGAAUGUGGGCAAGAAGGAGAAGUACAGGCAACAGGUCGCAGAGAAAUUGAAAAACAACGAUGCCAAGAAGAAGGUCCAAAGCCGCUUCAGAACACACGCUACCAAGAAACUAGAUUGCCCUGCUGUCAUCAGCCUGAAGAAGGUAGCCAUGUUUCCUGGGUUCAAGGAGGACCUCAGGUGCUCUCUCUGGACGAAGCGGAAGACCGUCCUGGAGUUCCAGCAGUUUGUGGAAAGAGAUAAGACCAUCGACGUCACCUAUAAAUAUGUGGCAAAGUUUCCUGUGGCCGAUGCACACAAGUAUCAUAUACAGGGACAGUUCGCUGGCAUGCGAGAACCUGUAGACCCCUUGGUAAGAGAGAAGGUUUCCGAGCUCGUCAGAAAUGGUAUCACCAAGGUACCCGAAAUCCAGAAGGCUGUGAGGGCGUUUGUUGUCAAAGAGCUGUUCCCCAACCAGACACCACCACCCACGAUCCGUCGGAGGUACCACCCUUCCCCGAGGGAUAUCAAGAACAUGACGUAUGGUGCAAAGAAGAAAGUAAACAGGCACAAGAGGAAAGAUCAGGCUGCAGAAGAGCCACCAGAUAACCUUGAUGAACUCGCCACCAAGAAGAUGGAAGACCACUCAGAGAGCAAGAUUGUGCCAGCUAGAAAUUAUGAAACACCUCCUAGUCAAGAAGACUUCGGCAACAAGAGUGUGCUCUUUUGCCACCAGACUAGAGAACAGCAGCGGUUACUCGGCAUCUACGGCUCCAUGAUCGUCAUGGACAUCGUCUACCGAUCGGCAACCCUCCCUACGGACGUCGUCUUCCUCUUCGUGCGGACGAACGUGGACUUCCAGCUCGUGGCGGGGUUCGUGGGGGACGCGGGGACGACGGAAGCGGUGGAAGAAGGGUUUAUGGUGAUGAAAGAGUGGAAUCCGGACUGGACACCGGAGUUCUUCGUCAUGGACCAUAAGCUAGAGAUGAUGGAGAUGGUUAAGAGAGUCUUCCCUGGAUCUGACGUUUUUGUGUCAGAUUUCCACCGUGAGAAGUUAUGGAAGGACUGGUUUGCUCAGCAGGAGCCUGACAUGGACCAGUCCCUGAUUGACAAGACCCUGGAACUGAUCAGGAAGAUGGCCCGUGCCCCUACGCGGGAACAGUAUGAGGUGGCGCUCAAGGCCCUGCAGGGGUGUGAGGGGUGGAUCUCGUCCGUCAAGCUUCAGAGCUGGUUUGCUACAGUCUGGGAUGCAGAGUCAUGGGUGAUGGCAUUCCAGCCAGACAAGUUGUGCAUUCUACUGUCAGCCAUGAAUGGUCCGGACAAGCUCAAUGACGUUCUCAAGGUCAACUACUUCCAGGAGUUCUCCGUCGACUCUCUCCUGGAUGUCAUUCAGAACUACAAGGACGAAGUGGUGCCAAAUUUUUUCCAAAGGUAUUUGCAAAGCAAUAUCCGAUGCUCAAGCAGCUAUGGGAAACUCAAUACAGCUCUGCCGGUGUACCUCAAGGAUCGCCCUUUGGACCUCAUCACCCACGUCAUAGCUCGUUCUCCUGUCCCUGCCUUGCUCACAGACAACAUCAUGCAACUUGAGAAUGGCACUUUCACCGUCCUGAACGAAAAGGGCCGGCACCAUUCAGUCAGCUUGGGUAACGAGCAUGUCUUUCCAUCCUGCACUUGUACUGACUGGUUGCAGCACUGGCUGCUGUGCAGGCACUUCCUGGCAGUCUUCCACCAUCUUGGUAACCAGAGCUCCUGGCAGCAACUGUCCCCGCUCUACAGCAACAACCCCAUUUUCUCUCUGGACAAGGAGUGCAUCUUGCAGCAGACAACGUCGCCAGAGACAACACCCCACAGCAACAGAGCGGUGGAAGUCCACACCCGGACAGCCUCAAAACAAGUGGCAGCCAAGCGUAGCAUUGCAAAGCUCCUCAAGAGCGGUGACACUCUGAAUGCUUCGGGCGUUGAUGGGGAUGUCGGAUACGACGCCGUUGAAAUGGAAGAUGCCGACAGCUCAACUUUGGAAGAUAAUCAGAUUGCCUAUCAAUUGUUGGCACAGAUGGGGGCAACUCCAACAGUAGUAGAGUUUCCAUCGGAAAAGGCAGCGCCAGCGGCGACCAGGGUGGGGGCAGUGGACACUCCGGCAACAUCCAGUGCCUCAGCCGUUGAGGUAGUAUCAGAACCGCAGGUCGACGAUAUGCAAAUGGACACAUCCUGCACACCCCCUUCACCACAGAACCCAGAAGUAACGGCUGACAGUCUCAAAAACCUUGGAGAGUCACCUGAAGAAAAUGUAGAAAUGAGUGGCAGGAAUGAAUCACAAGAGUUUAAAGAGCCAGAACAAACCGAAGCCUCAACUUCUGCCACUUGUACAACACUUUCGGAGAGCAGGGAAAGGGAAGAGGAAAGAGUAAGUAUACAAACACUGCAGCAGGAUUGCAGUAGGCACCUUGAACAGUUGUUACGGGUAACUCCUACUGUCAUGGAUGGGACAGUCCUUCAGAGAGUGUUUGGUCAUUUAGAAUCAGCAAUGAAAGAGGCAGGAAAUGGGUCAUGAUGGCAGCCUCAUCCAAUAUGUCUCUAUGGAAACCAGCAGUAAAUAUCACAAACAUUUUCAUUGAAAUGACUACUAUAUCCCAGUGAAUGUUUGGUCAUUUAGAGUCGGCAUUGAAGAAUGUUUUAAAAGGAUCUUAGAAUCUUUUCCAGAAGUGUCUCUGAGGACAGUUUUGAGUGCUAGUCACAUUUGAUAUUACAUCAUUGUACUGAAGUCAUGCUGUUGAUCAAUAAAAAACUGAACUUAUGCUAUAAAUUGCUUAGGAUGAAAAUCACGCUCAUUUGGGUAAUGAAUGAGAAAUCCUGCUGACUUCAAGGAAAAAUGAGAAACAAAGCAACACUCCACUAAUUGUUUGUAUUGAGUGUUAUAUGUUUUGGGGUACCAGUACAUCAUUAGAUCAGAGGAACUAAUUAGAUUUUCAGGGCUUUAACAACAUAUUCAUAUCAGUGUUUAGGAUGCAAUGAUGCAACGAAUGAUGAAACUCCCAAUGAAUUAUCACAAGGAAUUUAUUAGUGGUUUUUAUAUUUGUUCAGCUAGUGUAUUUACAGUAAACACUCAAGAAAUAAAGAAAUGUAUUAGAAUCAAUUCAAUUCAAUUUCAUUUUUCCAUUAAAAACGUAAUGAUUUACCGGUAUAUAAUUUCAGGUUUUAUCCUUAUUGCGAUAUCUUGAGAACCAAACUUGAUGCUAAUAUGUAUCACUAUAGGAAGACAGUCUCAAAAGUCAUAGAGGUUAAUUUUUUAGAUUAUAGGUAUUACCUUGUUAUCACAAUACGUCUAGAACUUCUUGAGGUAUGAGCUUCAAACAUGGUGAUAGUAUCGCUAUAGGACGAAGAUCCAAUUACAUUUUGGGGCUGAUUAUGGUCAAGAUCAUGGUUGUCAGUUGACAUUAAAUUAUAGACUUUUUGUUUUCAAGCAUGAUAUUUCACAAAUACUUGUUCUAAUUUCACUCCAGCUUGUCCUUCAAGUAUAUUCAUUUGGGUGUGGUUGAAAUACUUCGGCUAAGGGUCACCCUAGGCCUGUUUUCAUCAGCUUGAGUUUGCCAAAUAACCCACUACAUUCAGACACGGGAUAUUAUCCAAAGCUCGAAAUUGUGUCUUCACCAGAUGGAUACACUCAUCACAAACUAGCUUAGACAGGCAAAAAUUAGCCUGAUAUUUUUUAAAUGAGACCAAUAUUUCUCUGGAUAUUUUCUCGACCAAAUAUCCCGCUAAUUGCAACUGCAGCUGAUGAAGACGCGAAUUAACUUGUUAAUUUUCGAUCAGUAUAGUUAUAAUAGGGGGUUAUUUGGCAAACUUGAGCUGAUGAAGACCAAUGAAGGCUGAUGAAUUUUUGCGCCCAAAGUCCCUUCCCUGAUCUGAAGAAAUGCAUUUUUGCGGCAGUUUUCGUUGAGCAGAGCUUGAGAAUGGUCUUAGCUGUCCACAUUCAUACUCUUCUUUAGCAAUCUUAUCUGUAUUAUACUCUUGAAGCUUCCCUUAAAGUUUCUCAUUAAAAUGCAAGUUGUAAUUUUGGGAUUAUGUAUUCCAAUAAGUUUUGCCAGUGUUAAUUUGUAAGAAUUUGUUUUUUGAUUGGGACAACAUCUACGAUAACAGCUGGGAGCUUACAUCGGUUUGCAUGGUUCAUCUAAUGUUUUCACAUAGGUGGUAGUGAUAGGAAAAAUUGUGUCCCAUAGUUGCCAAACAAAAGCAUUCAUACAUAUAGCACAAUAUGAAUGGAUUCUGUAAGAUACAGGAUGUUAAUAUGAAUCAGAUUUGUUGGGAUUUCGUCAGUGCAAUAUCACCUUUUUUUCAACAUGUAUGAAUUAAGCACAAACAUAGUAUCAACCUUAUACUUUUUUUUUUUUUAAAGAAUUCUUUAGACAGAGAAAAGUACUUACAAAAUUAUAUCAGAUAUACAACACAUGUAUCAAUGUGUAAUUUAAGUGGGAACUUUAUUGGAUUAAAGCUUUCAUAUAGAUUUGAAGCUUAGACCCUGACGUCAAACCUAAGAAAGCAACUGGAAAGUUGUAAAGUAUGGUUCCUGAGAAGGAUGCUUAGAAUUUCAUGGACAGAAAGAGUUUCUAAUAAUGAGGUAAUUGCCAUAGCAGGAAAAAGACAAAAGCUUCUGAAUAAUAUGAGAGGUCGACAGUUGAGCUUCUUGGGUCACGCUAUUCAAAAGAAUAGUUCGGAAAAUCUUGCACUGACUGGAAUAUUAAAGUGGAGUGGGAGUAGGGGUAGAAGGAGGAUUCUGUGGAUAAGUGGCUUAAGAAGUGGGAUUUCUGAAAGUGAAAUUGAUCUCGGGGAGAAUGAAUUACUUUAUAGAAUAUGGGACAGAGAGUUGUGGCAUUCCAUGGUCGCCAACGUCUCAGGACAUGGCACGUAAAGAAGAAGGGUAUUGAAUUUUGUAUUUUGUUUCAUUUCAUUUCAUAAUUAUGCAAGAACAUGUAUGAGUAUAUUUUACCAAAACCAGGGUCAUUUUUUCACAUUGGAGGGAAGUAUUUAACCCGAUCUUGAUGGCCAAACACUUCUAUGGGUAUUUUGUCAUAUCCAGAAAAUCCAUAAAUUGUAGUCCUAUACAGGUUUUUUCCUUCAAUGGCAGCUCACCCGUUAUAGGCAAGCGUUCUAUUAAACCAAUGAUAAGCAACAUCUCCGUUUGCGUUCAAGUUCAUGCCUCUACAAUCUCUUGUUAUCAUGUUGCAAAUAUGGUGCAAUGAUUAAAGCUUGGUUUGAAAAUGAAUUAAA